AUGUCAUCUUAUGCUGUAUGUGGUUCUAGAGCGUCUUUGGUUUCAAAAAAGAACCAAAGAGCCAUAUAUUCUUACUUAUUCAAGGAGGGUGCUAUUGUAGUACACAAGAAUCCAAAUGAUCCAAGACAUUCUGAAUUGGAUAUUCCAAAUCUCCAGGUUAUGUUAACAAUGAGAUCCUUGCUUUCUAAGGAAGUUGUAACUGAGAAAUUUACGUGGCAACAUAACUAUUAUUUAUUAACAGAUGAAGGAGUUGAAUAUCUCCGUCGUUAUUUGGAUUUACCUGCAUCAGUUUUCCCAGCAACACAUACAAAGAAGACUAUGGAUCGUCCAAGUAGAUCAGAAGGUAACCAAGGUAGAGGUUAUGGCAGAAACAGACAACAACACUAA